UACUGACCCAAUUAGUAUACAUUUGGAACAAUGUUCCAAAACAGUAUGAAACUGUACGGAGCAAUUGUAGCCUCUAUGGCUUUAGUCCUUGCCGUAGCUGCUGCACCGAACCCAGAUGUCUCCCCUGACACCAACAUCGGAGAUGUAGACAUAGUCAUACGCCAACAGAGCGCCGACUUUCUGAAAGACAUCUACGCCGCAACGAGUCAACCGCAACCGGACGGAUCCCUCGAAGUGCUCGAAGAAUUAGUCGCAGCUUCUGUGCCGGAACCGAUACGCCAGGAAGUGGCCAACGAGCUGGAAACCAGCGAUGAUGGAACCUUGUCGGACGAUCUGAAAGAACGUAUCAAUUAUCACAUUCUCGAGUGGUCGCUGCAGUACGUUCCGGAUGAUUUACAACGGGACAUCACCGCUGUUUUGGAGAUGUACCGAACCACUGGACAAGUAUCGGAAGAUAGUGAGCUGUUGGAACGCGUCCGGCAGUACGUUGCCAACUUGGAAACUGGUGGACGAAACAAACGUGGUUUUUGGAGCGGAUUGUUUAAAGCUGUGUUGAAAUACGUGAUCAAUUUCUUUUUGGAUCAAUGGAAUACAGAUUGAGAUUAGAAGCAUCGUUUGACUAAGCAGAACACUGGUUUCAAUCAAUCAUUUGAGUUUUAAUCAUUUUGGUAGUUUGGAAUCUUUAAUAUUUAAUACAGCUAUAAUUCAGCCAGCGACAUUCGUCCUCUA